UUUGCGGAUCUCUGCUUUUUUACCACCACAGUUCCCCAGGUGCUUGUCCACUUUCUGGUGAAGAAAAAGACCAUUUCUUUUGCUGGAUGCACAACACAGAUUGUUGUGUUACUUCUGGUUGGAUGUACAGAUUGUGCACUCCUGGCAGUGAUGUCCUAUGACCGAUACGUUGCUGUCUGUAAGCCUCUGCACUACUCCACCAUCAUGACACACUGGGUAUGUGUCCAGCUGGCUGCAGGGUCCUGGGCCAGUGGUGCAUUUGUGUCCAUGGUAGAUGCCACCUUUACUUUGCGUCUCCCUUACCGAGGAAGCAAUGUCAUUAACCACUUUUUCUGUGAACCUCCUGCCCUCCUGAAGCUGGCUUCAGCAGACACCUACAGCACAGAAAUGGCCAUCUUUGCAAUGGGUGUGAUAAUCCUCCUAGCUCCUGUCUCCCUCAUCCUCAUUUCCUAUUGGAACAUCAUUUCCACUGUGAUCCAGAUGCAGUCUGGGGAGGGGAGGCUAAAGGUCUUCUCUACCUGCGGUACCCACCUCAUUGUUGUUGGUCUCUUCUAUGGCUCAGCAAUAUUUGCCUACAUGAGACCAAACUCCAAGACAAUGAAUGAAAAGGAUAAAAUGAUUUCAGUGUUCUAUUCAGCAGUGACCCCCAUGCUUAAUCCUAUCAUUUACAGCUUGAGGAACAAGGAUGUUAAAGGGGCUUUCAGGAGAAUAACUUCUAGAUAG